AUGACAUUCUUUAAGCCGACAGAAAGAAUCAGAGUUGUUGUAUUUGGGGGAACUGGCUCACAGGGGUUGAGCGUUGUCAAAGCCUUGGCAUCGAGUGAGAAAUAUGUGACCACGGUACUUACGAGAGACAACAAAUCCAAGAAUGCCACUGAAAUCGCGACCUUGUAUGGUGUCAAGCUUGUACAAGGUUCUUACACCACAGAGGAAGGCUUGCGAGCCGCUUUCAACGAGCAGGAUGUGGCCUAUGUCAAUUUUGACAGCUUUGGAAUAGGCGAACCGGCGGAAUACUUCUGGACAUUCCGAGCAUACGAAAUAGCCAUCCAAAGCGGCUUGAAAUUGUUCAUUUACCCAGGAGCUCCCGAUCGAUAUGCACAACACAACUUCGUCGAGGAUUAUCGGAACAGCCACAACAUAGUAGCAGCAAGACUGAGCAACUGGCUCACAAAUCAGCCAACGGAAAGGUUGCCGUGGACGAUCCUGACUGGUGGGGUAUAUGCGUCGAUGUUGAAUAGCAUACUGAGGCCCAUCAAAGAUGAUGAUGGCGUAACCUUCGCUGUGCCCAUGGCGGAAGACAGCGUCAUUCCGCUGAUACCCCUGGAAAACUACGGUCUGAGGAUCAAGUGGAUACUGGAAAAUGCCGAAGAGGCCGUUGGCAAGUUCGUUUCCGCGGCGCCAUACCAUGUUACGUUUCCUGAGAUUGCGAAAGCAUUCGAGAAAGUGAACGGGAUCAAGGCUUCGUUCCGACCGAUUACCGUCGAGCAAUGGAUAGAAGGGGCGUCGGCAUUCAUUGACGUGGACAAGACAUUGCCUCGAGGUUCGACCAGCGAGGAUCCCACCACCUUUACUUUCAGGAAAAGUUUCAGCGCAUGGUGGAGGCUAUGGCGGGACAGUGUGGAGGACCAGGAGAGGAACAAGGAGGCAAGAAGAUGGAUCAGUGCUUACCAUCCUUCAAGUCCCAAAAAUAUUGAAGAAUGGAUGACGGUGACCAGAUACGGGUCCCAACUGCUGUAA